UGUUAUCUAUGACAAGCACGCUGUUAUCUAUGACAGCUCUCCUCCUGAGGAGCGGAGUCAUGUGUACUAGUGACGAGGCCGCCAUGACAGUCAUGUGACUGUGAUGUCACGAAGGUCCUUUAGCAGGAAAGUAAUGCGGAUAGUAGUUUGUGUGGAAGAGCGGUGUGAUGGGUACACAAGUUUGUGAUUAUGUGUAACGCUGCAGUGAUGGCGGGAGAGCCGUUGGCCUCUGGGAAUCGCCUGAGCUCCCUGUCCCAGAUACACCCGGUCAUUAAAGCUUUCAUGUGCGGGUCGCUGAGUGGUACCUGCUCCACACUUCUCUUCCAGCCUCUAGACCUGGUGAAAACCCGGCUGCAGACCCAGCAGAUCUCCUCCCCGGGGAGCCGUGUUGGAAUGUUCCAACUCUUUCUCAAAGUAAUUCGUAAUGAAAACCUAUUUGGACUAUGGAAAGGAGUCUCUCCGUCCGUUCUACGAUGUGUUCCUGGAGUUGGUAUUUACUUUAGUACCCUCUAUUUUCUGAAACAACAGCUUUUCUCUGGCAAGGAGAUCAGCCCUCUGGAAUCGGUUUUAUUGGGAGCAGGAUCAAGAACUGUGGCAGGAGUUUGCAUGUUACCCUUCACAGUCAUAAAGACACGGUAUGAGAGUGGCAACUACAGCUAUAAAAGUGUAUUUGGUGCAAUGGGGAGCAUAUACAGGACUGAAGGUGCUCGUGGCCUGUUUAGUGGUCUCACUGCCACAUUGCUCCGAGAUGCUCCCUUUUCAGGCAUCUAUCUGAUGUUUUACACCCAAGCCAAAAAAAUUGCUUUUCAGAGCGAUAUUGACCAAACCAUCACUCCCCUAAUAAACUUCAGUUGUGGUAUCAUGGCUGGUAUCCUUGCAUCUGUAAGCACCCAGCCAGCUGAUGUCAUUAAAACUCGUAUACAGCUUUCGCCAGAGAAGUACAGCUGGACUGGUCAUGCUGCCUACUCUAUCUAUAAGAAUCAUGGUUUGACUGGAUUCUUUAAUGGGGGUCUACCUCGAGCAUUACGCCGAACCCUCAUGGCAGCAAUGGCAUGGACAGUAUAUGAAGAAAUGAUGGAAAAAAUGGGACUAAAGUCUUGAGCAAGAUAUUUAUUAGUUUAGGAACCUUAGACUGACAAACGGCAAGCAGCAUUCUGAACUUCACUGCAGCACAAAACUCUCUGCAUAGGUGAUGAGUAUAAACUGUCAAGUUGUGAGCACUGUUUACAAAAUAACAGUUUGAUUUGCUUUGAAUUUUUAAAUACUAGUUUUAUAUUUUGGGUGUACAUCAGUGGUUUGAAUCAUGUCUCUUGCAGACUCCCUUUAGUGAGAUUUCUUAAUAGUAGCCUUUGAACAAAAACAUAGACAAGAGGCACAAAAAUCUAGCAUAUUAUCACCAGGCAAAUAGAUCUCGAUAAAGGUAACAUAUACACUAACAUAAUUUCUGAAAAUGGACUUGGUCUUGCAUCAUUGAGGGGGGGAAAACUUCAUAUCAGAAAUCAUCAUCAAACAGACCUAGGUUAAUUGUAAAUGGUGAAAGAAAGACAGGAUUAUCUGUGAUUGAUAGCAGAUCUUUUCAAGGAAAAAGACCACUGGAGCCCAAUCUUGUUAUAUAAAAUGGGUUUAAGAAAAAGAGUAUUUGGCACUUUUUCAAAGAAAAGAUG